CAUAUUCUUCACAAAUAUUAUCAGGCAGGUGACCUCAUCAUUGCUGGUAUUAUUUCUCAGAUCUAUAUAUUUUCAGACACCGUGACCUUUGAAAAACACCCAUCUCAGGAGCUUUCAGAUGACCCUAUCCAUUUUAGUGAAAAGUGGACCUUUCAAGCUUCAAUAGAGCUUCUCUCAAGAAGGGCCAAAUUCAUCCCUAACUACAAGUGUGAUGCUGAAAAUACUCCAGUUGCAGUCAUUGGAGGACCAAACUCUUAUAUUGCACCUAACAUGGCACCCAUCCUGUGUACCUACAAGAUACCACAACUCAUAUACGGCUCUGCUCCAGUUCUGAAUAAAAAAACUGAUGGGAUUUUCUUCUACCAAAUGUUCCCAAAUGUGAGCCACCUAUAUGAAGGCAUUCUCCAAUUACUGUUGCAUUUUGCAUGGACAUGGGUUGGGAUGCUUUCUCAGGAUGAUGAUACUAUAGAGAAGUUUAAAGAGGAGAUGCUCCCAUUGUUUUCCAAAGGGGGAAUCUGCUUUGACUUCAUAGAAAAAUUCCCCAAACAAACUUCUUCCAGUGAUUUUGGUGACAUGGUAGAAGAGGGCUUUAAAUCUAUCAAAGUUGUUAUGGAAAGCACUGCCAAAGUUGUGGUUGUAUAUGGAGAAAUUCAGAGUAUAAUGGCAAUGAGAACAAUGCACCAGCUUUUACAAUUUGCAAAUAUAUCAAUGAAGUUCCAGGCAAAAGUCUGGAUUAUGACAGCUCAGAUGGAUUUCACAUCAUUUUCGUUCCAAAGAAGUUCAGACAUAAAUUUCCUCCAUGGUGCUAUAUCUCUAGCAAUUCACUCAAAGGAGGUGUCAGGAUUCCAUAAAUUUAUUCAGCAUAGGAACCCUUACUCAGAAAACAAUGAUGGUUUUAUAAGGAACUUCUGGGAAGAAUCAUUCAGCUGUACAUACCCAGAUUCUUUUCUAGACAAGAUGAACAAGAAAGUCUGCACUGGAGAGGAGAAGCUAGAGACCCUUCCCAUGUCUGUUUUUGAAAUGUCUAUGACAGGAAAUAGCUACAGCAUCUACAAUGCGGUCUAUGCAGUGGCACAUGCAUUCACUACAAGGCAUUUAUCCCAAGUCAAACACAGAGCAAUGGCAGAUGGAGUAAGAUUGGACCAACAACCAUGGCAGCUCCAUCAUGUUCUCGGAAGUAUUUCCUUUAACAACAGUGUGGAGGAAACAGUGUCCUUUGAUCAAAACAGGGAAUUAGUUGCUGGAUUUGACAUUAUAAACUGGGUCACAUUUCCAAACAAAUCCUUCCUCAAGGUCAAAGUUGGAAAGAUUGAGCCAAUGGUUCACCAGGACAAUGUCUUCAUCAUUAAUGAGGAUGCCAUCGUAUGGCCCAACCAGUUUAAACAGAUAUCCCCCAUUUCCAUAUGUAAUGAUCACUGCAGUUCAGGUUAUAGAAGAGCUAAAAAAGAAGGGAAGGCAUUUUGCUGCUAUGAUUGCUUUCCAUGUCCAGAAGGGAAGAUCUCAAACAAGAAAGACAUGGAUGAUUGUUUUCAAUGUUCAGAAGAUCAUUAUCCAAACAUUGGCCAAGAUGGAUGCCUCCCAAAAUACAUAAGCUUCCUGACUUACAAUGAUCCUCUGGGGAUCAUCUUGACCACAUUUGCAGUUUUACUUUCUUUAAUCACAACUUUGGUUCUUGGAAUAUUCCUCAAGCACCAGGACACUCCCAUAGUCAAAGCCAAUAAUCGAAACCUCACCUAUGUUCUCCUCUCCUCUCUCCUCCUCUCCUUUCUUUGUGCUUUGCUAUUCAUUGGCAAACCAGAUUCACUGACAUGUCUCCUACGACAAACUACUUUUGGUGCAAUCUUCUCAGUGGCAGUUUCCUGUGUAUUAGCCAAAACCACAAUUGUAGUUCUAGCUUUCAUGGCUAUCAAGCCAGGCUCUAGGAUGAGGAGAUGGGUGGGGAAACAACUGGCAACCUUUAUUGUUCUUUCCAGCUUCCUUGUUCAGACUGUUUUUAUUACUGUGUGGCUGGCUACCUGUCCCCCAUUCCCAGAUGUUGACAUGCACUCAGUCACUGAAGAAAUUGUAUUGGAAUGCAAUGAAGGGUCAAAUAUCAUGUUUUACUCUGUUUUGAGCUUCAUGGGUUUCCUGGCCAUUGCCAGCUUAACUAUGGCUUUCCUAGCUCGGAAGUUGCCUGAUAGUUUUAAUGAAGCCAAGUUUAUCACUUUCAGCAUGUUGGUCUUUUGCAGUGUGUGGUUGUCUUUUGUCCCAACUUACUUGAGCACAAAAGGGAAACACAUGGUGGCUGUGGAGAUCUUCUCCAUCUUGGCCUCUAGUUUUGGAUUACUGGGCUGCAUCUUUUCCCCCAAAUGUUAUAUCAUUUUGCUGAGGCCAGAGUUAAACAGCAGGGGGCAGCUUCUCAUAAGAAAGAGUUAA